GAAAGUCCCCCAUUCCCACCCCGACCUUCUCCCGCAAGAUUGCUUAAUGCGGCGGCCUCUCUUUUAGUAGACAAAAUUGGGCCUUCUAAGUACUUGUAUUUACUAGCACUGCCACUGUGGUGGGUUUCCGGCGACGGUUAGAUGGAUGCGGGGGUAGCGACGACGACGACAGCGACGGAGUCGUUUAGGUCGAUACUUGAUAAACCCCUCAGCCAACUAACAGAAGAAGACAUUUCUCAGCUCACUCGGGAAGAUUGUCGCAAAUUCCUCAAGGAAAAAGGAAUGCGGAGGCCGUCGUGGAACAAAUCGCAGGCGAUCCAGCAAGUGAUUUCACUCAAGGCCUUGUUGGAGAGCAACGACGAUUCCGGUGCCGGAGCUAUCCGGAAGAUCCUCGUUUCGCCACCAUCACCGUCAGUGCCUCCGCAAAAUGCAGCGGCGGGUGUGGCUUCGAAUUCAUGUGAUUCAGUAAAAGAAGCGGUUGUCGGAGAAGAAGGAAGCCCGUAUCGGCGAAAAGAUCCUCCUUUGAAAUCUUCUCCGGUGGGGGAGAUAAAUUGCCGUGGCGGUGACACGGAUAACAAGAAUCUCUCUCCUAGAAGUCCAUGUGAAUCAAAUGAGUUGGGUGGGCAAAUGACAAUUUUCUACUGUGGAAAGGUCAAUGUGUAUGAUGGAAUACCACUUGAUAAGGCACGGGCAAUCAUGCAUCUGGCAGCGACUCCUAUUGAUUUUCCUCAGGAUAAUCAAUUUAGUGGAAAUGCAGCCCUUAGGUCCUUUAUGUGCCAUGUACAAGCAGUUGGUGACAAAAAUGGCCUUGUUGCUUCUACUGCCUUGAAUUCUCAUACCAUGCAAACAGAGAAGAUGACAGAAUAUCAGCAUCAGUUUAGGGAAAGAGGAAAUAUCACUCGUGACUCUGAUGUAGAUGGGCAGGUGAACAGAAAAGUAUCAUUGCAGAGAUAUCGUGAAAAGCGAAAAGACAGGGGAAGAUUUUUUAAGGGCAGGAAGAAUACAGGACAAGCUUCCUCUAGCUUGGAGAUGUACCUGAACCAUCAGAUAAGAACUCACAACUCGAAUGGACAAUCAAGCCGGAGCAGCACGAGUUCUCCACCACAGUCUGGAUUGCCACAUGCAUUUUGUAGCUCAGCGGACAACCAAGCAAAACUUGUGAAUCUUUCUGUAGAUCUCAAUGACGAAAGUGUUCAAGAACACUGAAUUAACUGUGCUUUAUACGUCAGAAUAUAUGUGGACUUAAGUAAAGAGAUAUGAUCUUUAGGUGCAUUACAGCAGCAGACAUAGAUGGGAGGAAAAAUUAACCUGAGAGCCUUCUACAUGCC